ACUUGUACACAAAGUGUGGUCGUGCAUAGAUCAUGUGUGCAGUGUAUGUAAUUUAAGAGCAGUCCUCAUGUUGUCAUUGACGUGAGGAAAAAAUGUAUCACCCUCGCGAUAAAAAUUUUGCACACGAUGCAUGACGUUUCAUAGGCAACCACUUGAAGACGGAGAGGUGGCCCUGGAGCCAGGACGCACUGCUGAGGUGUGAAGAGGUUUGUGCCCUAAAAACAGAUAAUUAUUACACAUUUUCACUCGGUGGCAGCCGUCGUGUCCAUGUGAGAAACAACCGUGGUAUGUCAGUCGGUUAAUUUCACAGCCCGUGUGGAAGAUUAACCGUGUGCGCUGUGGUACCAACACACGAAAAGUAGCUUGAUGAGUGUCCAAAGUAGUGGAAGUUUGGAGGGGACGCCAUCUUGGUCCCAGCUCUCCACGUCCCCAACACGGACUUGUUUUCAGCAACAUACCACGGCAGUGGUGAAGGCCCAGGAAGGCACCAUGGAGGAGCUGCACAGCCUGGACCCCCGGAGACAGGAGCUGCUGGAGGCACGCUUUAUGGGCGGGGUCAGUGGCAGCACAGGGGGCAGCACUGGUAGCACAAGCGGGGGAACCAAAGGUUUGACCAAUAAUGAAUGUUCAAAUCACAGUUUUGGAAGCCUGGGAUCCUCAAGCGACAAGGAGUCAGAGGGGUCAGAUGUGAAAAGAGGCAGUUCUCCUGCUUAUUCGACCCCAGAGAAGAAGCAGUCAGAAACAACCAGAGGCAGAAAAAGGAAACCUGAGAUCCAAUCAGAGAGUAGCCAAGGGAAAUCAAUUGUGCGAGGACCCAAAAUAAGUGAUUAUUUUGAUUUCCAGGGAGGAAACGGGUCCAGUCCUGUGAGAGGUCUCCCACCAGUGAUUCGUUCGCCCCAGAACUCACAUUCCCACUCCGCUCAGGGUAUUGCUGUUAGACAAAAUAGCUCAUCUCCUACUAGUCUGUCUUUUGGGGACCACAUGACGCAUCCAAAGCAACUAGCGGUCAAAUUUGUUCAGACUGACCUCACAGUGUUGAAGUUGGCUGCCCUUGAAAGCACAAAGAAUCUAGACCUUGAGAAGAAGGAGGGGAGAAUAGACGAUUUGCUAAGGGCAAACUGUGAUCUCAGGAGACAGAUAGAUGAACAACAAAAAUUACUUGAAAAGUACAAGGAACGCUUGAAUAAAUGCAUCACCAUGAGCAAGAAGUUGCUCAUAGAGAAGAGCACCCAGGAGAAGCAGGCCUGUCGGGAGAAAAGCAUGCAGGACAGACUUCGUUUAGGCCAUUUCACUACAGUGAGACAUGGAGCGUCAUUCACAGAGCAGUGGACUGAUGGCUAUGCCUUUCAGAACCUUGUGAAACAGCAAGAGUCGAUAAACCAACAGAGAGAGGACAUUGAAAGGCAGAGAAAACUUCUGGCCAAGAGGAAACCUCCGUCCUCCAGCAACUCCCAAGCACCAACCACAAACUCAGAGCCAAAGCAACGCAAAACCAAGGCGGUGAAUGGAGCAGAAAGUGAUCCCUUUCUAAAACCCAGCCUACCUCAGCUGCUGACAUUAGCAGAGUACCAUGAACAGGAAGAGAUCUUCAAACUGCGACUUGGACAUCUCAAAAAGGAAGAAGCUGAGAUCCAGGCGGAGCUGGAGCGUCUGGAGAGAGUGCGCAACCUUCACAUUCGGGAGCUGAAGAGAAUUAAUAAUGAAGACAGCUCACAAUUUAAAGAUCACCCAACGUUGAAUGAACGAUAUCUGCUCCUACACCUUCUAGGACGAGGGGGCUUCAGUGAAGUUUACAAGGCUUUUGACUUGAUUGAGCAACGAUAUGCUGCUGUGAAAAUCCACCAACUUAACAAGAACUGGAGAGAAGAGAAAAAGGAGAACUAUCACAAGCAUGCAUGUCGAGAGUACAGAAUACACAAGGAGCUGGACCACCCCAGAAUCGUGAAACUUUACGACUACUUCUCACUGGACACAGACACGUUUUGCACUGUCAUGGAGUACUGCGAAGGCAAUGACUUGGAUUUCUACUUGAAACAGCAUAAGCUAAUGUCUGAGAAGGAGGCACGGUCUAUAGUCAUGCAGAUUGUGAACGCACUAAGAUACCUGAAUGAAAUCAAACCCCCCAUCAUCCAUUAUGACCUUAAGCCAGGCAAUAUCUUGUUGGUGGACGGCACAGCCUGUGGGGAAAUCAAAAUCACAGACUUUGGUCUGUCAAAAAUCAUGGAUGAUGACAACUAUGGCGUGGAUGGCAUGGACCUGACAUCACAGGGUGCAGGGACCUACUGGUAUCUGCCUCCUGAAUGUUUUGUAGUUGGUAAAGAACCUCCAAAGAUCUCCAACAAGGUGGACGUGUGGUCUGUGGGUGUUAUCUUUUUUCAGUGUCUCUAUGGAAGGAAGCCUUUUGGCCACAAUCAGUCACAACAGGACAUCCUGCAGGAGAACACCAUACUGAAAGCUACAGACGUUCAGUUCCCUGUCAAGCCGGUCUCCAGUAAUGAAGCAAAGGCCUUCAUAAGGCGGUGCCUGGCAUACAGGAAGGAGGACAGGAUCGACGUUCACCAGUUGGGAAGCGACCCCUACCUGCUCCCUCACAUGCGGAGGUCAAGCUCCUCUGGGAACCUGCAGAUGAAUGCUGCUGGCUCAGGACCUGCCUCCUCCAGCAUCAUCUCAUACUGACAGCCACGUACUGUGACAAAAAGGCAAACUGACCAAGUUGCUCCCACGCCUGCAGAGCUUCUCAGAGGCUCUGGCUCGUGGGAGAGGAAAGCAGCCGGCAACAGGAGGAGCAGGACACCGAUGGGGGAGAUCUCACCUGGCCUCCUCUGACCUGUGCCAGGCUUCUACUUGUUUACCAGGGCUUGAUUAACGGAGGGACAGUGAGGGGAUGUUUUAAAAGGACAUGGGUAAAAGGAUCUCCUGAGGGUCCGAUAAAAGCACUGAAACUGACGACGAACCUUGAAGAAAAUGUGACUGGACGUUCUGUUCAGAUGUUGCAGAUGGAUAAAGCCUUAACGGGCCGAAGGGAGACUUGGCAGCCCGCCGUUUAGUUGAAAUAACAUGGUCCUGCCAGGGUGCAAAUGAUUCAGCUGCUAGAAGUUAAUUUACUGUGAGGACAGUCAUCGUUAAUGUAGAACUACAAAGAUUUCACUAUUGAUUUGGCUAAAUGUUCUGUUUUUCACAAAUGUUAGGCUUUAAUUUGAGUUACUUAUCCAUGAGAAUGUAAUGUGUAGCAUAAAAGUGGCAUCUAGUGACAUGUAGGUUGGGGCAGCGUACUUAACGUUUAAUGCACAAAGUAACCAAAUGUAGAAAAAUGACAAUGUAUAGAAUCCUAUGCAGGAAUAUUAAUUAACAGAUAAAUUGGAAACUGUAUAUGCUGUACAGGUGAAUUUUCAAAUUUUGAACUGCAGCAGUAAUGUGUACAAAGAGUUAAAAUUUCCCCAUGCAAAACUAGUUUCCUGGAGUGUUUCAUUUUGCUGCUUUGUUGCUCUUACUUUUUCAAGGGCUGUAUGUUCCACUUCGGGUACAAAUUGUACAGUUCUGCUAAGAGUGAAUAAUAAAUGCCAGGAAACGUUUUUCUCUCCCACUGAA